AUGUUCGGCGUUGUAUUCCCCAACCGAAGCUUCCCGCUGGACAUCGCGGCCUUCUCCCAAAUCGACACCUUCCACUGGAUCCUCGACAUGAAUACCUUUGUCGGCGAGGCCUACGACCAAAUCCGCGAGGUAUGCGUCUUCCUCUUGAACAACUUCACCUUGCCGCCGGACAAAGCCUUAGCCGUCUACGUUCAGUCCCCCGGGUCGGCGUUCCAGUACUGCGGCGCCGUCACCAUCGCUCGUCCCUCCGCCGUUCUCUCUCUCAAUUGGCCGGAGCCAGGCGGGCAGCUGCAGCUGACGGCAGCUGACGCUGCGCCCCUGACUGCGAAGAUAGGGGUGUCGGUGGUGGACUUGGCGUCGUUGACGUCGCUGGACGUGGCGGCGGAGAAGAGGAUCGAGAGGUUAGCCAUGAGGGUCGGGGAGAACUUGUUCAAUUAUAUGCAGUCGUUUUGUGGGGUGGAUGGGAGUAAGCUGAUUGUGCCGAUGGAUAUAUUGGAUCGCUGGUUUAAGAAGUUUCAAGAGAGGGCUAAGCGGGAUCCUGAGUACUUGAAGGGCUUCGCAUUGUGA